ACGUUGUGUGCCUGAAUUUACAGUGUUCAUGGCUACUGAUCGUCAAAUAAGAGAAGUACAGAAAUAUUGUACAAAUCUGAAGAAUUUUUCUGUCUUAGGAGUAGAUACAACAUUUAACAUUGGGGCUUUUCUGUAACAUUUACAACGUAUCGAAAUACCAUGCUAUUAACCAAAAAAGGCACUGAACCUGUGAUGAUUAGGCCAAUUUUAAUACACCAGAGAAAAAACUUUGAUAGUUAUUUCAAACUUUCUUCUUCAAUUUUGCAAAUAUGUCCUGAAAUGAAAUCCCUUAAAGUGUUUGGGACUGAUGGAGAUAAGAAUUUAUCAGAUGCAUUUGAAGUUUGCUUUACAUCAGCAAAACACUUAUUAUGCGAUAUUCACAUGCAAGACAACAUUGAAAGAAAAUUAAAAGAACUUGGAAUUCAGAAAAAAGAAGCUAAAUCAUACAUUGAGGAUAUAUUUGGAAAAAUAUCUCAUGAGACUAAGAUCAAGGGUUUAGUUGAUUCCAUGAGUCCAGAGGAAUUCGACGAAAAGUUGUCUAGUUUACAAAAUGAGUGGAAGUCUCGUCAUUCCAGCGGAUUAUCAUUUCUGGACUAUUUCUUGGAACAUAAAGCUGAACUUAUCAAAAAUUGUAUGAAUGCAGAUUUGCGAAGUUUAGCUGGACUUGGCUACCCUCCUCAACCAUACAACCAAAAUGCAAAUGAGUGCAUGAAUGCUAUCAUUAAAGGAGAUCUAAGAAAGAAUGAGGAGGGAAAAUUAAAAAUGAGUGAGAAAGACUUCGUUAUUUCUCUGGAAAAAAUCGUUAAAAGACAGGAAACAGAAGUUAAAUUAGCUUUAAUAGGAAAGGGUGAAUACAGACUGAAAACUGAAUAUCAACAUUUGGAAGUUACUGAAGAUAUUUACUGGCGAAAGUCUGUGACUCAAAGAGAGGCUGUAUUUGAAAAAAUGCUCCGAGAACCUCUUAAAUCAAAAGGAGAUGAAACAGUGGUAGAAAAUAGGCCUGUUGACGAUGCUGCCCAGUCUUUAUUCACCUCAUAUCCGUCUGCCGAAUCCACAGAUAUAACCAACAUUCCAUUUCCAAUACUUGAAAGCAUCUUCCAAGAUUCUAAAAUAAUUUUUCAGUCUUCAAAUGGAAUCGUUCAAAUGCCUGGGUGUGAUGACAAAUCUGCAUUUUUUGUCCUGAACAAAAACCAAACAAGUGAUCCAUUUAAAGUGCACAGGUCUAAAUGCACAACCUUAUUCACGUGUGAAAUGAAAUGCCAUCGCUACAACUGUUACAAGCUUUGUGAGCAUACAACUGCAACAGCAUUUUAUUGUAAUUUAUUAACGGAUUACAUACAACAGUAUAAGAAGAAACACAACAGUGAAAGAAAUCUAACAGCAAUCUCCUUAACAGGCAUGCCACGGAAUAGAGGCAAGAAACCAAAGGGUACAUCCAUUAGAAAAGGUAGAAAUAAUAAGACCUUUACAGAAGUCAUGGACUAUGCUGUUUCGAAGAAAAGUAGUUUAGAACAACCAUUUCACCUCACAUUUCUCGCGGGUUUAGUGAAUAAAUGCUAUGGAUGUGGACAGCAAUUUUCAGAUAAGUUGCGAGCUCCACCAAAUGACCUCGUCCUAAAGCGGUAUGAUCACAGAAAGUAUCUUAGUCGUAAUUCAAAGACACAGAGAGUAUCGGCCUCAUUAUAAAAUACCUAUUACCAUCUGAAUUCUGAUUGCUGUCGAAGACACUGUCCGAUGUUUGAAAUAUGCCGUGAUGUCAAUAUUCACUCAGAAAUAUCAUCCCAAUUAUUUACUGCACACAAAAACAAUUUUGAAAAAUUAAAAAUAAUUAGUUAAUAGAUUCAGUAGUAAGUGAGCUGAUUUU